AGGAAAUUAAAACGGCAAAACAUGCAACGUACGUCUGGCAAUUCCGACAACGAAGCUAUCCCGUAACUUCCACAAGACACAAGCGGCGGCGGGAGCAGCAGCAGCGAGACAAAAAGCAGCACGACAGGAAGAAGAAGAAAGAGGACAAAAAAGAGAUCAGCAGGACAAGUCGCACCCAGCAGACGAGACCAUUUCAUCACCUGACGUGACGUGACUCGACUCAAUCCAGACCGACAACUCGUCGUCAUCUUGCAGAAAACCUGCACCGAACCAUUGCAGCCACCGCGCAUCAUCACACGAACGUGGUCUUAACUGCGUUGCCGCUCUUUUCCACACCACUCGCUCCCUAAUACCAUGCAGCCCUCCAUCUCGGCCCGCCUCCUCUGGAGGAACCUGCCUCGUGCUGCAUCCCGUUGCACGUCCUCUGCUCCUGCUCCUGCUCCUGCCUCUGCUCCUGCCUCUGCCUCCUGCUUCUCGACCUACGCCACAAAAUCUGCAACACCAUUAUCCUCUCAUCUCCUCCGUUCCUCGCGCCGCGCCUUCCAGCUCCAGCAGCAAUCACAACGUGCCUACUCCUCGUCCGGCAUCCCUCCCAAGGGCGGCAUCAAGUUCUGGCCCUUUCUCGUCAUCCUCGGUCUCUGCAGCGGAGCCUAUACCCUGCUCGUAAAACAAAGAGCUACUGAGGCCGCAUCCGCCUCCAAGAUGCCCGCCGUCGAACCCCCCAAAUCGUCCGGCCAGCUCCCCGCCCCGUCCAAACCCGCCCCGACCUUCUCCCCCGACACCACCACCGUCAUCUUCGUCCUCGGCGGCCCCGGCGCAGGCAAGGGCACCCAAUGCGCCAACCUCGUCCAGAACCACGGCUUCACCCACCUCAGCGCCGGCGACCUCCUGCGCGCCGAGCAGGACCGCCCGGGCUCGCAAUUCGGCCAGCUGAUCCGCGACUACAUCAAAGACGGCCUGAUCGUGCCCAUGGAGGUGACGGUGCAGCUCCUCGAGAACGCCAUGGCCGACACCAUCCGCGCCGCCGCCGGCCCGUCCCCGAAGAAAGAACACCGCUUCCUCAUCGACGGCUUCCCGCGCAAGAUGGACCAGGCCUUCAAGUUCGAGGAGGCCGUCUGCCCCGCCCGCCUCGUCCUCUUCUACGACUGCCCCGAGGCCGUCAUGGAGGCGCGCCUCCUCGAGCGCGGCAAGACGAGCGGCCGCUCCGACGACAAUGCCGAGAGCAUCCGGAAGCGGUUCCGCACUUUCGUCGACACGAGCAUGCCGGUCGUCGACCACUACGAUAGCCAGGGCCGCGUCGUCAAGGUCGAUGCCACCGCUGCCCCGGACGUCGUGUACAAGAAGACUGUCGAAGAGCUGAAGAAGAAGCUCGGCGAUAAGUUUUGAGGCGUCUGCGCAGGCGUGACUAGGGUCUCGGUAAGGAGGUUGGCUGUCGAGGGUCAAGGGUCCUGAUCUACCGCCGCCUGUUUCUGUGCUAUAGACAUCUUUCUUUCUUUCUUUCCUUUUACUUCAGUCUUCUUCUUUUGUUUAAGUACUACCAUUUUGCACCCCUAACGCUGAAAUACUUGUGGCGAGGGGGCUUUUAUUUGUCUUUCUACGUAAUAGACACCAUAGACCCGAGCACUUCGCUCAAUACCAUUUCCUUCUGCCUCUGUUUU